UUCCUCCCAUAGACACAGUUUGUACCGUUGUUUCCUCUCUUCCUGCUACGCACUGCUCCUUCACUGCAUCGCAUUCCUCGGUGUAUUGCUUCUUUCCGCUUUGACACAAGAGCUCCCACAGCACGUUACCUAAAGGAUACCAUCUAGCUCAAGACAGCACGCGCCUCUCCCACAGCUGUCAGCUGCUCCACGCUCACCGAGAUCGCUCCUGCUCCUGCUCUUCAUGAUAACUGCCUGCGACUAAGCAGCACGUGAACGGGCACGAGACCAGGAACUCGAGUCACGUUGCACACCUCAGACGAACUCAUACCCUCGAGCGAACUGCUUCACGCUCUCUCGAUUGAAUUCUGCACAUUCCGCUAGACCGAUUCGCAUCAUGCAAUGGACCGCCGCCGCGCUCCUUGAGCCUUCAUUACCGCCACAUUGCGUGCCUGAGAACGACUUUCUUUUCCGGUUCAGCAGCACCUUCCAUACUUGCGUCCCGACGCCUUUGGCCUUUGUAUCGAAUCUCCUCGGCAUCUUUAGCAUCAUAGCAUGGCUGUUCGCCCAGCUGCCGCAAAUAUACAAGAACUGGUCGCUUCAAAGUACCAGCGGUCUGUCGAUUUUCUUCCUAGUUGAGUGGUGUCUGGGAGAUCUGAGUAAUUUGCUGGGAGCGUUGUUCACGCAUCAAGCAAGCUGGCAGGUUGCCAUAGGGGCUUACUAUGUGGCGGUCGAUCUCUGUUUAGUCGGACAAUGGAUAUGGUACGAGAGGUUACGCCACGGACACCCGGUGUUUCGUAUGUGGAAGAGGAGGGAUAUAAAUGACGAUGACAGUGCUACGAGUGGUAGCAUGGAGCAGGCCUCGAUCGAAGGAACGGAUGCCAGAAAGCCACCACCAGCCAGACCAAGAGUCAUAUUCCGAACGCCCACGUUCCAGCGCGAGCAAGAGGAGAAAGAAAAACUCGCAUCGAGCUCCGGUACGCCCAGAAACACAAUCCACAGGAUCGGUCCCUCUUCUCCAAUGCCGUCGCCAUCACCAAGGACUAUGCUGUUCAUUGCUUGCCUGAUUGCAAUGGCACACGCGUCCCCUAUACACAAGCCGUCAGUGCAUCAAAAUGUGCAUGACAGUCAGCCCACGCCACUGGAGAACGCCGGUACCAUUAUCUCGUGGAUGUCUACGCUGCUAUACCUCGGCUCGCGAUUACCUCAACUUUUCAUGAAUUGGCGACGCAAGUCGGUCGCUGGCCUGAGUCCGCAUCUGUUCAUGGCGGCCUUUUGUGGAAAUUUGUUCUACUCGUCUGCCCUUGUCACCAACCCCAAUGCGUGGAAUGAUUUCGGAACAUAUGGUGGGGGAGGUUGGGCAGGCAAAGAGGGCUCUGAUCGUGCCCAGUGGGUACUCGCAGCUCUUCCUUUCUUUCUGGGUGCUGCUGGUGUGCUAGGUCUGGAUGCGAGCGUGGGAGUACAAUUCUUACUAUAUGGCGAGACGGAGGAGAAAGUCGUUGUUGUCGACGAGCAGCAGGGAUCCCGCUGGCACUGGAGAAGAGUUUCUGGAUGGAUGAGAGGAUGGGUCCCGUAUGGCGAUGCCAGUUUACCUAGGCCGGAGGAGCGAGCAGCAUUGUUGGAGGAUAGAAGUCCGCGUGGUGAUGGCUAUGGCGCAUUAUGAGUGACGAUUAUGCAUGAGACGACUAUGAGUUUAUGGGCCUGCGACUAAGCGAGCAUUAGCUUGAUUUCGAGGUGCAUGAAGCAUUCUGGGAGAC